UCAAACAGAAGUCCGGCACUACAAUAGAGGGCGGGCUGUGCGAAUCCCAUCUGCCAAGCCUUUAACUGGCAGUGCAUUGACAACCUGCGGAUGAUAUAAACAGUAGCAAAAGGUCUCCGUACAUUAAGAGCUACUGCAGAGGAUAAAGGGCAGAUCGGCCCGCUGUGCACCCGGGAAGCUCCGCCCGUUAGCGGCGUCUCCUCUCCUCCUCAGCCCUCAUUCAAAACAGAACACAGCUGUUGCGAGGCGCAUCGUCGUGUCCGGGAGUGUUAGCCUAACAAAAACGGUUAGCAGCCUGCUUUCCGCUGAUGUGCCCGCUGGAAUACCAGAAGAAGAAAGAGCAAAACGGCGCACUUCGACAGCAGAGACCAGCCUUGGAGAACGAUAAAACUCGAUAGACAGACGAAAGCAGAACAACAGCCUAACUUCACUUAAAGCAUUAUGUACAUCUGACACCCAUCUGAGGGCCGGGCGGGCUUUGCUGUAGCUGAGGAUGAUGAAUGGUCUCCUGCAUUAGAGCUAGAUGGUGUGGGGAAUGAUGGACCUCCCUAAUGGCCAAUCCAGUAUCUCCACCAGUGCUGCCACAGUCUCUGAGAAGAGCAGCAGCUCAGAAUCUCUUAGUGAUAAGGCAUCUUCAGAGCUGAAGAAGAGUUUUGACGCAGUUGUGUUCGAUGUGCUGAAGGUCACUCCUGAGGAAUAUGCAGGCCAGAUUACACUCAUGGAUGCUCCUGUGUUCAAAGCCAUCCAGCCAGAGGAGCUGUCAAGUUGUGGCUGGAACAAGAAGGAGAAGCACAGCUCUGCUCCAAAUGUUGUGGCCUUUACCUGCAGGUUCAACCAGACAAGUUUCUGGGUGGUACGAGAGAUCCUCCAUGCACAGACGUUGAAGAUCAGAGCCGAGGUGCUGAGUCUGUAUAUUCGCACUGCCAAGAAACUGUGUGACAUGAACAACCUCCAUGCAGUAAUGGCAGUGGUGUCAGCGUUACAAAGUGCUCCCAUCUUCAGGCUAACCAAAACUUGGGCGUUACUUAAUCGUAAGGACAAGGCAACGUUUGACCGGCUUGAUUACCUGAUGUCCAAAGAAGACAACUAUAAACGCCUGAGAGACUACAUCAGCAGCCAGAGCAUGGUUUCUUGCAUACCAUACCUAGGAAUGUACCUUUCUGAUCUGACAUAUAUAGAUUCAGCCUACCCCUCCACGGGCAGCAUACUGGAGAACGAACAGAGAUCAAACCUGAUGAAUAACAUUCUCAGAAUCAUAUCGGACCUGCAGAGAUCCUGUACCUACGAUAUACCAGUGUUGCCUCAUAUACAGAAGUAUCUCAACUCAGUCAGGUAUAUUGAGGAGUUGCAGAAGUUUGUGGAGGAUGACAAUUACAAAUUGUCACAGAAGAUUGAGCCAGGCACCAGCACACCACGAGCCAACGCCUCCAAAGAGGAUCUUGUCGGUCAGGAAGCGUCAGCAUCUCCUCUCUGUGGACGUAAAUGUGCGGUAGCACCAGACGGAACCAAAGUCCCAGCAACACCUCCAUCCCCCAGGAACCUUCUGCCCUACGGACACAGGAAGUGCCACAGUCUGGGCUACAACUUUAUCCAUAAGACAAAUACAGUAGAGUUUAAAAGUGCUACAUUUCCCAAUGCUGGCUCUCGCCAUCUGUUGGAUGACAGCGUGAUGGAAAGCCACAGUCCUACCAGGGGACAAGCAGAGAGCUCGACUCUGUCCAGUGGCAUUUCACUUGGGAGCAGUGAGGGCUCGGAGCUCAGCGAAGAGAUGUCUUGGCCAGCUUUUGAGAGGACUCGGUUCUAUCACUCUCUGGGCCCAGUGACCCGUGUGGCCCGCAUCCCCUACAAAGGCGUCUUGAGGCCCAGCAGCUCAGCUGAGUCAGAGGAACUUGCAGUUCACUUGUACCCUGGAGCAGUCACAGUGCAAGGAGUGUUAAGGCGAAAGACUGUGCUCAAGGAGGGCAAGAAACCAACUGUGGCAUCUUGGACCAAAUACUGGGUUGCUCUGUGUGGAACCCAACUCUACUACUACCCUGCCAAAUCCUUGAAGGCCACUGAGAGAAAACAUUUCAAGUCCACGUCCAGCAAGAUCGUGUGUGUGGUCGGUCUGAUGGCUAUGAUGGCUGACGAUCCUGAGCACCCUGACGUCUUCUUGCUGACCGACUCUGAGCAUGGUAACACCUACAAAUACCAGGCAGGGAACAGAAUGAAUGCUUUGCUCUGGUACAAACAUCUGAGUGCUGCCUGUCAGAGCAAUAGGCAACAGGUGCCAGCCAAUCUGAUGUCAUUUGAGUGACUUGUGAUUAGAAGUGCGGCUGAGCAAAGGAGAGAGGGAUGAGGAGACAGACGAGGACGAUGGGGAAGGAGUGCUGACUCAGUAAUGGGAGCUUUCACUGCCAUCAACCCUGACCACCGAUUCUCCGAUUCUUUGCCCUGGCCUCACUGCAGCCUCACCUGCCACCACUGCCUUAACCAGAGUACCCUGUGUGUGUGUGUGUGUUUGUAUUUGACAGUGAAUGCGAAUCCGUGUGGAUGAAAAUGACUGUUUUGGAUUUAUUAACUACUGAACAAGGACCUGCACCACUGCUCAUGUCUCCCGUUUGCUUUUGGUGUCUUCUGUUCAGCAACUUCACUGGAGCCAUUUGACUUCUCCUUGCUGACAGACUGACAGGUUUUGUUUUGUUUUUUGUUGUUGUUGUUGUUUUUUGGGGGGAGGACAGACCCCCCCCUUUUUGUGGUCCCCCCCACCUCCUUUUCACUGGGUGAACUAUCCACCCCCCAUGCUUGAAAGAAAGUUUUCCAUCUUUUUAUUCAGGUGGACACACGAUCACACAAACAAACACACUUUGUCAGACUAACUCACCGGACUUUAGACUUAUUUUUACUUACUUGUUUCACACUUUAAAUUGUUGGUCACUUCAAUCACUUGCAUUGGCUCGAAGUCACAUGGUUAUUUAUAUUUACCAUGUGCACACAUACACACACAAACAAACAUAUUUGAUUGCAUCGUUGCAAACGUAAGGGCUCUUAUUCGCAAUCAAUUCCAGCAGAAACAAUUCCUACACUUCCUGAAUGUGUCUAGUUUUUAUUACUGUUCAGUUUGCGGUGGUAUAACUGCGCUGAGUGGGAGGUUCACUUUAAUCAGAGGAGUCUUGUCUGUUUUCCACAGAGGUACGAUAAUCCCAGAAUCUAAGCUAAGACGCGUUCACGGUCGGGUAGAUGAGAGUUGCUCUUUUUCCUCCAGUGCUUGCUCGCUGCCGCCUGACAUCCGCUCAGAAAGGCGAUGGUUUGUCCACCAGACACAAGCAUACACAAAAACACUAAAGACUCGAAACUGUGAAAGAGUCAAAGAAAGAGAGCAACAGAAACUUGUGAUACAUGAUUUUAUCUCCUCUGGUUUAGAGUAGACACUCAAAGCUACCUGGAGCCAUACAGAGUCUAUUUUAAAUCUUUGUUUAUUAUGUU